AUGGAGCAUUUGAAGCGGCAUCCACUGUGGGGUUGGUUUCUGGAGAAGGAUGACUGGGGUGGGAAAUACGAGGUCGGUAAAAAAAUUGCUGAGGGAGGGCAGGCCGAGAUUUUCGAAGGCAGUAUCAUGUAUUCGAACGGGGACUGCAAUGAGAUGGCGUUCAAAGUGUUCAAGCGAGGAUUUCUGGUGCAGGACCUGCAGAAGCAAUGGCCCUUGGCUAUGUUCAAGCGGCCGGUGGUCGGUACCAUUUGUGGACCCAUAACAGACAUAAUACUCUUUGACGAUGGAAGGUUUGGAUUUGUGAUGUGGAAGUACUGGGGCGAUUUGCGGCAGCUCAUUGACCUAGAAAACCAGGAGAAGCAGAAUCAGGAACCACCAUUUCAACACCCUUUGAAGAUCAUGCUCACCUUUUCUAAAAACAUGGCCAAUCUGCACAAAGACGACAUUCUGCACAGAGGCCUGAAGGCUGCGAAUAUCCUCAUAUUGAGAACUGACAGAGAAGAAACCGAGUACGUUUGCAGGGUAGCCGAUUAUGAAUGUUCAGUGGGUGUUUUAAGAACAACGUUUUGGAGAGCACCUGAGAUACUGUUGGCCACCAAGGAUCGGAUGUUGGCAGCCAAAAACGGCAAUAGCAGCAUGCCAGCAAUUUCGUUCGCAAAGGCUGCAGAUGUUUACAGUUUUGGCAUGGUGUGUUAUGAGGUUUUGACAGGGUUGCUUCCAUUCGAGAGUGAAGGAUUGCUACCGACACAAGAGGGCUAUGAUCUUGUCAUACGUGGGCUUAGACCCACAUUACCUGAUGAUGUGGAGCUGUGGAUGAAGAAGCUGAUCACAAGUUGUUGGCACCAAGACCAGUCUCAGCGGCCAGAGUUUCAUGAAAUAAUCAGGAUUCUAAAACACACCGAAAGUUGGAGGGUAUCGUCAUCGGCGGCGGUAGUGGUGGACGAGGAGCAUGCCCUGAUCGUUGUCAUGGGCUUCUGUGCCCUGCUGUACCAGCUUUAG